AUGUACGGUGGACAACAAUAUUUUAAUUUUGGAAAUCUAGGAGCUACUGGUGGUUUUGGUGCAAAUCUUGGUUUCGGUGGUUAUGGUCGUUCAAUGUAUGAUGGUUUUGCUGCACAAAAUUAUGGUGGUUUAGGUGCUACAGGUUUUUCUAAUUAUACAACUCCAGCAACUUUUGGAACUGGCUUUGGUUCACCAUACGGAUAUAAUUGGUAUUAA